AACAAAACCCAGGUUAGGGUUAACCUCUCCUCCUCCUCCUCCUCCUCUGUUUGAUCCUUCCCCGUUUCCUCGGUGACCAUCUGCGGAGCCUGCACAGUACCAGGAAGAUGGCAGAGCAAGGCAAGGUCUUUAAUGAUCCGAUCCACGGGCAUGUGGUGUUGCACCCACUUCUCAUCAGAAUCAUUGACACACCUCAAUUCCAGAGACUGCGAAACAUCAAGCAGCUUGGAGGGGCCUACUUUGUCUUCCCCGGAGCGUCCCACAACCGCUUUGAACACAGCAUCGGGGUUUGUCACUUGGCAGGACAACUUGUAAAGGCUCUAAAUGACAGGCAGCCAGAACUCCUCAUCUCUCCCAGAGACAUCCUCUGCGUGCAGAUCGCUGGGCUCUGCCAUGACCUGGGACAUGGGCCAUUUUCCCAUAUGUUUGAUCGGAGCUUCAUCCCCGCAGCACGUCCUGGUCUAACCUGGAAGCAUGAGAAGGCCUCUUUGGACAUGUUCGAUUACCUGGUUGAGCAAAACGAGUUGGAGCCGGUGAUGGAGCAGCACGAACUGGUGCUGCUUGAGGACCUGCAGUUCAUCAAGGAGCAGAUUGCUGGACCAUUGGACACUAAUGGAGCUGAAGCUGAGGGGUGGCCUUACAAAGGCCGCCAAAAGGACAAGUCCUUUCUCUAUGAGAUUGUUGCCAACAAAAUAAAUGGCAUUGAUGUGGAUAAGUGGGACUACUUUGCGAGGGACUGCUACCACCUGGGCAUCAAGAACAACUUUGAUUAUCAGCGCUGCCUUAUGUUCGCCAGGGUGUGUGAGGUGGAUGGGCAGAAGCAAAUCUGUACCAGAGACAAAGAGGUGGGCAAUCUGUAUGACAUGUUCCACACAAGGAACUGCCUCCACAGAAGAGCCUACCAGCACAGUGUUUGUAACAUCAUAGAGAUCAUGAUCACUGAGGCCUUUCUAGAAGCAGAUCCACACAUCCAGAUCGAAGGCUCAGAAGGGAUGUUCACUCUCUCCACAGCCAUAGAUGACAUGGAGGCCUACACCAAACUGACAGAUCAUGUGUUUGAACAAAUACUCCACUCGCCCUCAGUGGAGCUGGCUCAGUCGCGGAGGAUUCUAGAAGACAUCGUAUGUCGACGCCUCUACAAGUGUCUGGGCCGCACCAAUCCAAGAGAACAUCUGGAGGUUACCCCGGCUGCGAUUACAGACUGGGAAGAAGAAUUGUCAGAGUCCACUCCUCAGAAUGACCAGGGUGUCCCGGAUGUCCAUCUGCAGCCAGAAGACUUUAAAGUUGACGUCAUUUCUCUGAACUAUGGGAUGAAGGAUAAAAACCCCAUCAACAAAGUGCAAUUCUAUUGCAAAACUGACCCAACUAAAGCCUUCCAGAUAAGCGAUGACCAGGUGUCAAGAAUGCUUCCAGCGGUGUUUGCCGAGCAGGUGAUCCGAGUCUACUGCAAGAAGAGGGAUGGAGAGUCUGUGGCGGCUGCAAAGAGACAUUUUGUUCAGUGGUGCGAAAACAACGGAUUCACAACGCCUACGGACGCAGACAUCACAUCGCCGGCGUAGAUCCCUGUGUAACGCGAUGAUGGAGGCUCCAGUGACAACGCUGUUAGUCACAGCUGUGACAAAAGCAAAAAAAAAAAAUUUAAAUAGGAGGAGAGCGAAUACCCCUCUUACACUAUCAGUAGAUGAGGAGUGUUGAGUGAACAUUAUAUCUUUCUACGAGGUGAGUAUGUUAAUUGAAGCUGGAAACUAAGCAGUUUUUUUACAAGCAGAAGCUCAGGGACUAUCAUCAGGUGAUUGUUUUUUUUAAUUGACCCUUCCUAAAUAUUAUAUGCACAAUUUACUUUUUUUUUCUCGUGGGAUUCAGGGAUUUAUUUGGGACUAACCUCGGGCUACAAGUGUCGAGUUUUUGAGUUGAUUUGUUUCUAUAUCCGACUAUUCCUAAAAUAAAACAAUUUAGUAGCACUUAAAUGACACUUACUUAAAGCACUUAGUAAUUUUGCUUUAUUUUUGAAGACAUGGUUCUUUCUUAAUUCUUGUUGUCUGGGUUUGUACCCUUGGGUUUAAAUGCACUUAUUGUAAGCGUCAGCUAAAUGAAAUGUAAUUGAAUGUAAUACCCUGUGUUAAGCAUCAGGUUAUCAUGAUUUUGAAUCAUGGGCAAUUAUUCAUGGGCAGUGGAAAUGAUUUACUCUUAAACAGGAGAAUAACAACACAGUGUGUUUCAUGUCAGUGUGUUUUACAGCAUUUACAGCCAGUGUGUUAUUCAACUUUCACAUACGCUUGUUUUUUAAUAUCAAGCUUCAAAAGUCACCAUAUACAAAGAAAAACUGUUUCUGAGCUUUACACUGUGUGUUUGUUUUUACUUGAGGGACUAUUUGCAGAUUUUAUUUUAUUUUUACUGCAAAUAUAUUUAUACUGGGGGGGGGGGGGGGGGGGCGAGAAUGUUUUGCAAUCCUUUUAUCUAUUGUUCUUAUGGUAAGUUGCACAGCUUGUUAUCUCCACCUCACUAACAUGUGCAACAUUUAAAAUGGGAUUUGUGCUGGAUUGUUUGAAAACCUAUAUUUUGUGUGAGGUGAAAUGUUUUAAACGGUUUGUGGUGAUCCUGUGAAUUGAAGAAAAGUUUGAAAAUAAAACUUUGUUUUCACUUUG